GAUCGUAAUUUCCGGUUAUGUUGUGUUGGCGGGAAACGCUGGCUGUCAGCAGUUUUGAGAAGAGUCAGACUACAUUCUCCAUGUCGCGGGUCCUGAACGGAAUUGUGGCGGUGUGCCCCAACCUGGGCAUUGGGAAAGAUGGGAAUCUGCCCUGGCAUCCUAUUCGACUCAGCAACGAAUUCGCUCAUUUCCGAAAGAUGACAGCCACACCGUCAAUAGCAGGCAGGAAGAAUGUGGUGGUCAUGGGCAGGAAGACCUGGUUCUCAAUCCCAGAGAAGAACAGGCCACUGAAAGGCAGGAUCAACAUCGUCCUCAGCAGGGAGUACAAGGUGCCACCUGCAGGCGCACACUACCUGGCGUCAGACUUCAGCUCAGCUCUAACACUAGUUGACACAGAACUGGCAGAACAAGCUGACCAGGUCUGGGUUAUAGGAGGAAGCUCUCUAUACAAGGAGUUGAUGGAAAGCCCGGGAACCAGGAGGCUGUUUGUCACACAAGUCCUGCAGCAGUUUGACUGUGACACUUUCCUUCCUGAAAUCGUCCCAGAAAAAUAUCAACUGCUGCCAGAGUUCCCAGGAGUCCCGAAAGAGCUUCAGGAGGAGAAUGGAAUUCAAUACAGAUUUGAAGUGUAUGAGAAUAUUUAACAAAUGACGUAAUAUGAAUAAAUAAGAUCCUGAGACAAUGCACUGUAAAUGUUGACGCAUAUCAUACAUGCAGGCAGAUUUACUGUUUUAUUUCACUAUAAAUGUGGUGGCACAGUUGGUAGCAGAGAGUCUGUUCUGGCUCUUGUGGGUUAAACAAAGGGUGUACGGUCAUUGUUAUGAUCAAUCUGAUCAGCAUCUCUAGGGAAUGUGGGAGGAGAUGGGAGCAUUUCAUCAAAGCUCCCAUUUUCCUGCCCAGUGUUGUUGUAUGUUGAUUGACCGAGUUAAAAUAAGUGUAAUUAUUAUUGUAACUGAAGCAUCUCUAUUAAAAACAAAUGCAUAUAUUAGUUUCUCUCACUUAUAUAACUUAGGAAAACCAAUUGACCAAGCUGAAACAUAUCAAAGCUAGAAAUGUUUAAUUUUAAAUAAAAUGCAAAUCUUUUAAUCAUUAA